GCCAUGGCGUCCGCCGGCGGCCCGGACGAGGAGCGGCCGCACCCCAAGCCUUUCCUCAUCGGCGUCAGCGGCGGCACCGCCAGCGGCAAGUCCACAGUGUGCGAGAAGAUCAUGGAGCUGCUGGGGCAGAACGAGGUGGAGCAGCGGCAGCGCAAGGUGCUGAUCCUCAGCCAGGACAGCUUCUACAAGGUGCUGACGGCCGAGCAGCAGGCCAAGGCGCUGAAGGGACAGUACAACUUCGACCACCCGGAUGCCUUUGAUAACGAUUUGAUGCAUUCAACCCUGAAAAACAUUGUUGAGGGCAAAACGGUUGAGGUACCAACGUACGACUUCGUGACACAUUCUAGGCUGGCAGAGACUACGGUGGUGUAUCCUGCUGAUGUUGUCCUCUUUGAGGGGAUCCUGGUUUUCUACAACCAAGACAUUCGGGACAUGUUCCACCUGCGGCUCUUUGUGGACACGGACUCUGACGUGCGGCUGUCCCGCAGAGUUCUGCGAGAUAUGAAACGGGGGAGGGACCUGGAGCAGAUCCUCACCCAGUACACCACGUUUGUCAAGCCUGCCUUUGAGGAGUUCUGCUUACCGACAAAGAAGUAUGCAGAUGUGAUAAUCCCCCGAGGAGUUGACAACAUGGUUGCCAUAAACCUCAUCGUGCAGCACAUUCAGGACAUCCUGAACGGAGACAUCUGCAAGUGGCAGCGGGGGGCGCUGAACGGGCACGGCCGGACGUACAAGCGGCCGUUCCCGGAGCAGGCGGAGAGCGGCGCGGUCCUGGCGGCCGGGAAGCGUUCCCACCUCGAGUCCAGCAGCCGCCCGCACUAACCCGGCACGGCCCAAGGGUUUGCCUCUGGUCCACGCCAACACUGAAGACAACUUUGGGAAAGGACUUCCACGGAAUGGUUGGUGAAGUGCCCCUUAAGUCGUCCUAGCAGCGGAGGGGAACCUGGUGGCGAUCUUCUCACGGAGGGGAGAGGAAGGGGUUGGCCAUCCAUCCCUCUUCCUUCCAAACCCUUCCCUGUUCUCCUGAGAUGUCUGGAGUUGUUACUUGAUGAACUGGUUAAAGGCAGUGCUACUUGCCUUUUUUAAUUUUCAAAAUGAGAUCUAAUGCUGAAGAUUCCCCUGAAAAUUAAGCACUAUCAGGUCACUAGCAAGAUACCCCAUUUCCCUGAUGAUGGUCAUCUGCAGCAGGAAAAUCGUCUGCGUCUUGGGCGUUUUUCUCUCUAUCCAAGACUAGUUCACAUGCUGUUAAUUUUAACAAGCUCUUCUCCACCUUGUUGGCACCUUGAGUUGUGGCCAUGCUCUGCUGCUGGUCAGCCUGUGGGGUCAGAGGAACUGACCUGUAGAGGCACCUUUCCCUUGAUACAGGGGUGAGACAGAGACUGUCUGGGACAAAUGGGAACUUGCAGUUCACCAGGAGACAGGCCCAAGAAGUUUAGUACUUCUAAUUCUUAAUUAGUGAUUCCUAAUUUAUUCCUUUCCAAGCUCUUGAAUCUUGCUACACUGUAUGAUUAUUUUUUUUGUACCCACUGUGCUUUACCACAGUUACUGAAUAUGUGAGCUCCAACUGGAUUGAGUUGCUCAUGGAAACAGAAACCUGACCUUGUCAGUA